UUUUGCACUUUCUGAUGUGUCUUGGACCAGUUGUCCAUGGGUUUAAGAUCAUAAAAGGAGAAAAAGCCCCGGAGAACUCCAUGCAGUUYAUGGUCUCCAUACAAGAUGAACAUGGCGUUCACCAGUGUGGAGGAUUCCUCAUCAGGGAGGACUUUGUGGUCACUGCUGCUCACUGUUCUGAAGAAAAGAUUCAUCAAAUUCUUCUGGGAAGCCACGAUCUCAAGGGGUCAAAUAGAAAAAUAAUACCAAUUGGCGAAACAUACAAGCCCAAAACCUACAUGUCUGUGAAAUAUGGUGAUGACAUAAUGCUCAUUAAGCUGUCACCGAAAGCAUCUCUAAGCAACAGCAUAAAAACGAUUCCACUCCCAACAUCAGAGAUGAACCUGAACAAGCCUCAAACAUGCUACGUGGCUGGGUGGGGAAAAACUUUAAGCAACCAGUUUGGUGUUAAUGAGCUGAGAGUGGUGAAUGUAUCCAUCAUUGAUCCAGAAAUCUGUCAGAGUGAGUGGCAUUAUGAACUCCCUUCCAAUGUUAUCUGUGCUGGUGGAUACAACACAAAUAAGGGGUUCUGUCAGGGUGAUUCUGGCGGUCCUCUCGUGUGUGAAGGGAAAGCUGUUGGUGUUGUGUCCUUCAACAGAGCUUUGAAUUGCAACUACCCAGAUGUGCCCAACGUCUACACGAAUGUUUUCAGAUACCUUCCAUGGAUCAAAGAGAUUCUGAAAAAUAACUAAUAUUAGCUGUAAAUUUGCUGCAAAAUUGUAUCCGACACAGGAGGUGAAAUGGCUCGUCUCAUUUCAGUCACUGUCAGCAUUUGCACUUGAUCUGAAUAAA